AUGAAGAUUACCAUCCUUAUUAUUACUAUUAUUUUUUCUACCGUUUUUUGUGAUGAAACCUUUAAAGCAAUUAAUUUUAAAAAUUGUAAAAGUAAAUUUGAAGUUUUAAAAGUUGAAUCAACAUGUAAUUUCAUUGACAAUAAAUGUGUCUUUUUACAAGGAGAAGAACCAAAAAUUAAAAUUUAUUUUAAGAGUAAUGGAAAUGUUGAUUCUCUUAAAACAAAAGUUCGUGCUCGUUUAGAUGGAUCAUUUGUUGAUUUUCAUAUAGAUAAUGAUGAUGUUUGUGGACAAGCUGGUGUUACCUGUCCAAUUGAAACUAAUAAAGAAGAGGUAUAUGUUGCAGCAGUUCCAAUUCGUAAUGAAUAUCCAGCAGUUGAUGUACAGAUAAAUUGGCAACUUGUUGAUCCGUCAACUGAUGAACAAAAAGUUUGUAUCGUAUUCUUAGGAACAGUUAUAAAAAAUUAA